UACACAUUUGUCAAUCAAUCAAACGAUAACUCAUCAACAAAACAAGUUAAUUAAAAGUGUUAACUGUUAAGACGUUUUCCAAUUCGCCUUUGACAAAAUAUGUAUAAUGAUUGAAUUCAAAUGAUUUUCAUGGAUUCAAUCGUACUGCGCGUCAGAUCUCAGAUGUCGCGACGUUUUAAGUUGAUGGCGAACGCUAUCGUAGUCUUCGUUAUUUAAAACAUAGUAUCACAGCAAGUUCAAUUGCAAACAUAUUAGUGAAAUCAACGUUAUGAUUUCAUUUGUGUAUUCAACACUUCUUCGCUGCUGUUACUAAAUUAAUAAUGAGUGGAGUGCAGUUCAGAGAAAUUCACAAAAACUCGUGGUUGAGAAAACUACCGGCUGGUGUUGACAAGAAGUCUGCUCUGAAACUGACUGGUGGACAGAAACUAUGGACUGUGUUUUGUAUACACGACGAUACAGAACCAGUUUUAGAGUUUUAUGUAGAUCAAAAGAAAGCAGCUGCACAUCGUCCAGAUAAUACUGUACCUUUAUCAGAUACCGUCCAUGUUUCUGCUACUAUAUGUCCUUUACCAGUGAUGACAGGUGAUCAUCAACAACAGUAUCAGUAUGAAUUUGUUGUAACCCUCACCUCAGAUGUUGUGCGUUUAGCUGCUCCUUCAUGGAAUCAGAUGAUGGAUUGGGUCCAAGGUUUGGACAUGAAAUUGCGUGAAAUGCAUAUAUUGUCCCCAAAAGAAAAUGUCUAUACCAAGCCACCAGAGUCUAGACCCCCUCUAUUACCAACUAGAGACCCAAACUCUCCAUUGCCUCCUCCACCGUUACGGGACUUGCCAACAAAUGUUUUACCGGGUGUUGAACCUGUUGUCUCUGUAGUUCAAUCAAUAGGUAUAGAUGAAGGCCUUUCUUCAGAAAUUGAACAAACUUUUUCAACUCCUCCUAUUAGUCCUAAUCCAUUAAGUCCCAGUGAGCCAGUGAAUAAUGUUACCAUUGUAGAAGUAAUUAAUCAUAAUCAAGUAUUCAAUUUUAGUCAAAUGGAACAAGUUUUAAACCAAACAAAUGAGCAAUCAUCUCAAACAUCAUCUGAACCAUUAAUAAAUUCUCCUAGGUCCAGUAGAUCAACUAGUUCUACAACUGAAAAUGUUGCUUCUCCAAGGCUACCUAAUAGACACCAUCAAGCUUGGAAUGCGUCUAUUUUAGAAGAAUCUGUUAGUGGUCCUAGAUCUAGUAGUCAUUCAGAAUUAAGUGAUAGAGCAACCAAUAUUGAUGACAUGCCACAAAGAUCUACUAGUGAAGUGUCAAAUGAAGGUCAACGAAUUAAAGUCAGAAUUGCUGACUCAGAAGAUAGUCGGCAUAGAAGAAGACCAAAGAGACAAGAUAAUAUACCUCCAAUAACAGAUCAAGAAGUAACUAGUAAUUAUGAACAUUUAAUAUUACCUACAACUAUGCAAUCUAGACUACCAUCUGCUUCGUCUAAUCCAGUACCUGCAGAUAUUGCGAUAUUACCAAUAAGAUCUCAACUACCAAUUGGCCGAGGUCGUGGUGCUCGUCGAAAAGUUAACAGCGAUAGUUCACAUCCUGCAUUAGGAGCUGAUAGAAUUCGUGUAGCAGUAAAUAGUAGUACACACAGUAUGUUACAGCCAGUUCCAACACCAUUUACACCUACAGAAAACAGAGAUUUAUUCAGUCCAAGUCGGUUAACUGUUCGUGAAAAACAAGUCCUUCAACUACGAAAAGAAAUGUCCCAUCUUGCUGGUGUGCGGUUACAAUUGAGGCGUAAAGAUUGUAUUAAUACUAUUGCUUUGGUUGAUGUAUUUCAAACUGUUUGGAUUGCUGGAUGGAAACAGAAAGAACAUCCCAUGUUGCAUAAUGCUUUACAUUUAGGUGAUCAAUUGUUGAGUGUUGCUGGAAAACCUGUAACAUGUUCAACAGAUGCUCAUAAAUUAAUACGAGCAUGGCCGAGCCUCUAUGUUGAAUUAAUUAUUAGACGUGUUCCUUGUGGACGAGUAUUUGUAGUACGUCGACAAGAGCAAGGCCAAGACCUUGGAAUCAUCCAAGAAGGGGGUACAGCUGAAAUUAAAGAUAUACUGCCAAAUAGUUUAGCUGCUGCUCAUGGCUUAUCAUCUCGCACUCCUACUUUAGAUGGAUUGUCAUUUACUUCUUGGACACUAACAGAAAUAAAUUCUCGCCCAUUAAACUUAUUGUUUAAAGAAACUGAAGUUAGAGAUCGUCUGAAUGCAGUUGGAUUAGACAUAUCAUUAUUAGUGCAACCAACUGAUCUUAUAUCAGCACUACGCAAACAGCUUAAGUCCUUAAAAUCAUUCAAAGAUUUCUUGUUGGUAUAAACUUCACUACAAUUACUGGACACUAUCACGAAUGCAGGGUCAAUGCAGAAGAAAUUUGUAUUAGGCAUAAUAUUAAAUAAGAUAUAUCAAAUUAUAUUUUACUAUUUAGAACUAAAGUAAAUAUAUUUUUAUUACCUAUGAC